ACGAUUAUAGACAGAUAUUUCUUGCGUGUUUAGAGUAAUAAAUUAUCGUGCUUUUCGCGUCUUGUUAGAGGACAAAUAAGGAUUUUAAAAGCAGACUACCUUGUGCAACUGGACUCCUGCAGCAAGCGUUAAUUGACCUGAAGGCGAAUUUAGCAUAGAUGUUGUGAUCUGAUAUUUGCUCACAGCGUUUGUGCAUAUAAGUCUGGAAGUGCAGGAGGAUAUGAGAGUAUUGGAGCUGCUUUAGUGAAAGUGAUGCAAAAGCAGCUCGUCAGCGAUUCUUGCGUGUGAUUCUCUCUCUUCUGAACUGAUCUGGGUUCAUCAUCGGUGGACAUGUCUCUGGUAGCCUACGACAGCAGCGACGACAGUGACCGCGAUGAUUCUCCGGUUUUACCCGCUCGAGCUCCGGGAAGGAGCGGCGGACUCUUCGCUUCUCUGCCCGCGCCGAAGAACGCGGAGGUCCGACCAACCGCAGAUGAGCCCGCAGCUGCUCCACAACCCAAAAGGACGAUCAUGGACCUCCCCAAACCCAAGAAACGCACAGAGCCCGUGAAAAUCAUCGUUCCUCAAAUAAAACCCGCAGAUUCGGACUCUGAUGAUGAUGAGCCAGUGCGAAAGAAAUCAGCUCCUCGGGGCAGUGGUCUGUCCUCUCUGCUCCCCCAGCCUAAGAAUCUGGCAGUGAAGGAGACCCAGAGACCCCUGGUACCGCACACCCUCACCAAACGUCCCGCAUCAGAUAAACCCAAAUCAAACACAGCCAAGCCCCAGAGUCUGUCAGGAAGCAGCCCAUCCCCAUCUGCCAUCAAAGCGGCCGCUAAAUCAGCAGCCAUGCAGCUUGCUAAACAAAUGGCUGCGGACGAAGACGGAAGCGAUGACGAACUCGCUCCAGAAAACUACUUCUCUCUUCCGGAAAGCUCCGUUCAGCCUGUGAUCCCGCAAAAUGUUGAUGCGCAGCAGUUCGUGCCCUCUUUACACCCUCCGCCUGGUGUGGAGGACGCCCCGCUAGACUUUGGCUCUAGUAAGCCGGUCGGAGCCAUUCAAGACUAUAAGACGAGUGGAGAUUUUCAACAUCAGUACCAGGAGCUUCCUGACAACACACAGCCAGAGGCGUCUGCACAGGAGUAUUAUGGGGAAGAAUACUAUCAAGAUCCAAACCCUGGAGCUGAUGAGGAAGAGGAGUCGGGGUCGUCUUCGUUGUUCAAUGAUGAAGCGUUUCGGCGGCUGCAGGGCAAACAGAAUCGUGGAAGAGAAGAAAUCAAGUUCCUCGAGAUCAAAGGAGACGAUCAGCUGAGCGGAAACAAACAGUGGAUGACCAAGAACAUGACAGCAGAGGCCGAGCCACGCAAGUCCUUCAGCAAGAAACGAGGAGAUCAGCCAACGGGCCAACAGAGGCGCAAACACCAGAUCACGUAUCUGAUUCACCAGGCCAAAGAGCGAGAGCUGGAACUCAAGAACAACUGGGCCGACAACAAGCUCACUCGACGGCAAACACAAGCCAAGUACGGAUUCUAG